AAUACAUUUUUGGGUGCUAGCUUACUACCUAAUAUUUAUCUAGGUUCAAAGUUUAUGCUAGAAGACACACCAUAUGGUGAUGAACAUAUUUAUUUAGGUUCCAAGUUUAUGCUAGGCGCACCAUAUGGUGACAACCUUCCAGGUCAGGACACAUACCAGGAACCACCAGCAGAGGGCUCUAGUCUCCAAGUGGAUGUAUCCCCUGAAAGUAAGCGUCUACAACUACUGACACCAUUUGAGAAAUGGUCUGGCAAAGAUCUGGAAGAUAAUUGUGGGUAUUCUAAUCAAGGUAUUUACUUAAUGAUCAGUAUAUGUAUAUCUUUUAUUGACUCUUUAGAUGUCAUAUCAUGACAUAUUAGUCACUAUGGUAGAGCAGUUCUUCCCAUUGUCGAGUUGAAGAACUGGUAUCUUUAUCAUGGUUAGAACCAUAGACAAUUCUAGCCAGCGCCAGCCUUUUAUCGAGUUAGCAGCACUCUAGUAAUCGCCGGUAUAGGUCAGUAGUCAUAGGUCAAAGACAAAUCACAAGAAGUGCUGUGACUUAAUGAUCAGUACAUGUUUCCUUAGUUUACAGUUAUUAAUGUAUUGUAAAUGAGGGUAAUGGGGCAUGACUAGUGGCUGAUAAUGUAAGCUCAUCAGUGUAGUAGAUCCCGAUCAGUAUUACAAAUCAUUACCAAUAGUUCUUAGUAAAUAAUUUGUUAGAAGCUGUGAUGUUUAAUCGUGUUGCCUUUGUAAUGUACCAGAAUGUCACUAAAAUAUCUGUUUGUAUUUCAGUUAUCCAAACAUAAUGAUAUACAGUAUUUCUAUGCUGUGUUUGUUGAAAUACAGAGGACAUCUUGACAACAUAUCAAACAAUUUACUCAUAGGGUUAGUAUAGUCUUCUAUUUAAAUUGUUGAAAUAUAGAAGAUAUGUUCAUGCCUUUUGUAUUUUCUGCAGGCAAAUGAACUUCACAGGUUUUGGUUGGAGGUAGUAAAAUUGAUAGUUGAAAAGUAGUAAUAAUCUGACUGGAGAGUAUGAUGGUGUACCACAAGCCUGUAGCCAAGGGGGUUAGAGUGAACCCCUUUCCAGUUUCAAAGUAACAAAAGGUCACUAGGAGCCUG